CUCCUGACGUGAAAUGAAAGUGAGGUUACGUUACGCUUUUUUAUAAAAAUACCUGUGACGGUGUUAUGAAAUCAUCCAAAUCAGUUAAUUGUAGCACUCCACUGAAUCGCGACAUUUUUCUCUACGCGUUAAAUAGUAAAAUUGCUUUUAUUAUUAAUUUUUAUUAAAACAUGACAGUUGGGACAUUUUUAUCUUCAUGUUGGCUGCACUUUGUUUUGUUGAUAAAACGUCACGCGCGCCAAUUUACAAUUUUGCCGUCAAGUAAUUGCAUUUUCAUUCUCAUUUAAGAGAAAAGAAUUGAAGGGUUGUAUUUUUAAGUUAGGGGUGUUAAUGGUAAAAUGGGAGAUGGCGAGGGACGCGAAAAGCCGGAAGAAACGAAAAAGAUCGUCCACACUUACCCCCUUAUAAGGCAUUCAGAUAUGCCUGAAGAAAUGAAACAGGAAUCUAUGGAAUUGGUGGUGACUGCUUGUGAAAAACAUUCAACGAACAAUGAAGCGGCCGCCAGAAUGAUAAAAGACGAAAUGGACAAGAAAUUCGGCCCCCCUUUUCACGUCGUGGUGGGUGAAGGGUUCGGGUUUGAAAUUUCGUUUGAAUGCCAAAAUCUGCUUUAUAUGUUUUUCGGGGGGAACUUGGCUAUAGUCAUUUGGAAGUGCUAGUGAAACCACGUCAAAUAUUAAUUAAAAUUAUUUAUUGGAUUAUAUAAAAGCGUCUCUUAUUAGUAUAUACUGUCUUUAAAUAUAUAAUAUUUCAGUCACUUUUUAUACAAAUAAAAUAAAAUAAUCUAUUGACAUAAUCGUUUGUGGAACAUCAUUAAACUGGCAACAGUGAUGU